CGGUAAAGCGCAUGCCGCUGCCUACACAUUGCUACCGGCGCGAGACCCUGUCCGCUCUACCAGCCAUAAUUGGCUAACUAGCACCCUCACCUCUAUCAGCUCUCCUCUAAAGAUGCUAACGACUAUCCAAUGGCUGUGAAUUUCGCUCCAUGGCUCUCGAGCUGAGGCCCGACCUUCAGCCUCAUCAGGCCCCCGCGUAGUCCGUCACCAGAACUUGGGCACCGAAAUUGUUCUACGGAACUUGUCCAUGUACAUUCUCUAUGUGUAGUCAACAAUUCUCACAAAGCUAUAGCACCGCAGAACUCGAACCAUGGUAACCUCGCGAUUGCAGCGACUAAACCCAUUCCGCAAGGAUCGUCAGCAAUCUCAGACAGGCAGCUCGUCGAAGCCGCAAGAACCGUCUAAGGCAUCCGCCCAUGGUCUCAAGGUCGUAGCGGAGGGAGGGCAGCCGGUGGUGGAUAUCGUUGCUGUCCAUGGCUUGAACGGGCACCGCGACGACACCUGGACGGCAGCGAACGGCACCCACUGGCUCCGCGAUCUCUUACCAGAAGAUAUCCCAAAUGCGCGCAUAUUCUGCUGGGGAUACGAUGCAAACACGCACGGCAAGCGCGUUAGCCACCAAUUCCUCCACGAUCAUGCAGAGCAGCUGGUAUCGGAUCUCUGCCUCAGGAGAAAGCGUACAAAUACCAUGAAACGACCAAUAAUCUUCGUGGCGCACAGCCUGGGUGGCAUCAUCGUCAAAGGUGCUCUCAUUCAUUCGGACGCGGCACGGAAAGGCGCACUGGAAGAACAUCGGUCGAUCAAGACGUCGACGUACGGAAUCCUGUUCAUGGGCACACCUCACCAGGGCGGCAAUGGAGUACAGUUCGGAAAGCUGCUGGUGAAUGCGGCAUCGGUAUACAAGGCCACCAACAGCCGACUGCUAGAGCAUUUGGAGCGAGACUCGGAAUGGCUCCAGCAGCAGCUUAGACAGUACGGGCCGAUCAGUGGGGAGUUCAUGACGAAGUUUGCGUACGAGGAGUACGAGACGCCGACAGCGCUAGGUCAUUCGAUCGUGGUGGUGCCAAAAGCAUCCGCGGUCGUUCCAGGCGCCGCCGACGCAGAGCAGAUCAUGAUCCACGCUGACCACAGAGAAAUGGUUAAGUUCGCGUCGAAAGAGCAUAAUGACUAUGAGAAAGUUUCAGACCAUUUGAUUAUUAUGGUUGAAAGUGCAGGCAGCGUCAUCAGCCUACGAUGGGAAGAAGAGGUGAGGGUUGAUGUGGCUCGAAGCAAUCUUAACCAGAGCUUCUCUGUCGUCUUUCGCUUGUCUGAGGCCUCUGAGACCAGCCACUUUGUUGCGAGACAAUCGGAACUCGCUGCAAUGCACGACGCGCUCAGUGAGGGGAGCGGUCGCCGAUCAGUCACUCUGCACGGCCUAGGCGGGAUCGGGAAGACGCAGCUGGCGAUUGCAUACACCAAGGUGCAUCGAGACGAGUAUUCGGCGAUAUUUUGGCUGAACAUCAAAGACGAAGUGUCGGUGAAGCAGAGCUACUUGCGGCUAGCAAAGCGGAUCUUACAGGAUUGCCCAUCAGCUAGCCAGCUAGGUGUGUUCGCAGAUGACAAGAGGCAAGACGAAGUGGUGGCAGCAGUUAAACGGUGGCUGGAGCAUGCCAAAAACAGGGAGUGGUUAGUGGUGUUGGACAACUACGACAACCCUAAGGGGCCAGGCAAUGCGGAUCCCGGCGCAGUCGAUAUCCGACAGUUUCUGCCGGAAGCACACCAUGGCUCGGUAAUCGUCACGACAAGGUCGUCGAAGGUCAGUGUGGGCCGUCGCCUGAAGGUAGGCAAGCUAGAAGACGUCCGCGACAGUCUGCAGAUCCUGUCUGAUGCAUCGCAUCGUAAGGGUGUGAUAGACGAUCCCGAUGCCGCCGAGCUUGCCAGAGAACUGGAUGGACUGCCACUGGCCUUGGCUACAGCGGGCGCCUACCUUGAUCAGGUGACGACAAGCUUUGCCGACUACCUUCGUCUGUACCGGGCGUCAUGGCGAAGGUUGCAGCAAAUAAGUCCCGAAGUAAGCACAUACGAAGACCGACAACUGUACUCGACAUGGCAGCUCUCUUUAGAUCACAUUAAGAAGCAGAGCGAAUUAUCAACCAAGCUGCUCCAGCUGUGGGCAUACUUUGACAACCAGGACCUCUGGUUUGAGCUUCUGAGACAAGGGAGGGCCAAAGGGCCGCCAUGGCUUUGUCAACUAACGGAGGAUGAGCUGAGUUUCAACGAGGCAGUGCGGGUGCUAUGCGACUACGGUUUGAUAGAGGUGGACAAGUCCUCUGAAGGACAUGUAGUCGAGUCUCAGGGGUACGGGAUGCACGGCUGUGUGCACUCCUGGACAGUGCAUGUAGUCAACCAAGAAUGGGAUUCGGAGAUGGCCGGAGUGGCUCUGGAGUGUAUAGGCAGACAUGCACACAAGAAAGAUGCACAGCAGUGGUGGCUAACUCAACGUCGGCUUUUGCGGCACUUGACAAGGUGUUGGAGGUUUAUUGUGGAUGGCAGAUUGGAUGAGGAGGGGAAGGAGUGGAUUCUACAUACCUUUGGAGACGUGUGCUCGGAUCAGGGACGGCUUGACGAGGCGGAGAAGAUGUACUUGCGAGCGCUGCAACGCUACGAGAAGGCAUGGGGACCAGACCAUACAUCAACACUCAACACGGUCAACAACUUGGGCAACCUCUACGCAGACUUGGGACGGCUUGACGAGGCAGAGAAGAUGUACUUGCGAGCGCUGCAAGGCUACGAGAAGNGCAUGGGGACCAGACCAUACAUCAACACUCGAUACGGUCAACAACUUGGGCAACCUCUAUGUGGACCUGGGAUGGCUUGACGAGGCGGAGAAGAUGUACUUGCGAGCGCUGCAAGGCUACGAGAAAGCCCUUGGUCAGGAGGCCAUAAAGACGUAUAUACCUGCACUUAACACCGCCCAGAAUAUAGCAGUUCUUUUCCAGCAGACUGGCAGGACGAAGGAGGCAGAGGGUUUCUACGAACGGACUCUCGUCAGUGUAGAAACAGUUUUUGGGCGUACAAGCAACAGGUAUCGCAGGAUUGCCGAGACAUUGGAUGCGCUGCACAGUAACAGUAAGCAUGAGAUAUGAAUUCUGAAUUCAAAGUAAAUGCAGUUAGAAUUUUUCAGGCAGGACUAUCAGCGGACUCUAGUUCAACUUAACAUACACUCUUUUUGUCUAUCUUCAAGCUAGAUUUGGGCCUUCUUUUGCUGCUUUCAAACGAAUGUAAUAGUCACGGUUUCGUGUUAGGUAAGCGACCCUGGUACAUAUUGUCGCCACCACUUGUAAGGGUGUUAUGAACGAAAGCACAUG